CUGAUUACUACAGUUUCGAUUAUGUUUUGUUAAACAAGAGUAAAUCGGACUUGUUUCGUACAUAUCUGUUUAGCAUUACACACUCUGACAUACUCUGCAAACACACGCACAACACACCGGCAGGAUCCGCAUAGGAUUUCAUAAUGACAUUGCACAGGCUGGUGCACAGAUUUGGGUAAUAUUUUGAAAACACGUGUAGCCAGACCCAAAUUUAAUUAAACACGCAAAGUAAAACAGUCUCGAUUGUAAGUAGGACAGCUAUGCAGGGGAAAAUGUCGGAUACAAAUAUUCGUUAUUUUGUUGCGAUAUCGGAGAACAAACGGAAACAAAAUGAAUUACGACAUCAGGAAUCUAAAAUCGAUGACUUGAAGAAAAAGAUGCUUUCUAAAUACUGGAAAGAUAAAUUCAGCGUGUUUGACGAAAUGAUUCGCUUGAACGUUAAAACACCGUCGUACAGUGAAGAGCGCGUUAAUGCAUACGUGACGAAUGACGGUAAAAUGACGCGAUCUGACAAAUCGAUGACGCUUGGUGCAAUGGCGAUAGACUCGAAACUCCUAAGUAACAGACCGGUGACGCUGCAGAAGAAUUUAAAGCCGGGAACAAGGAUAGAGCCGAUUAUCAGUAUAGAAGGAAGCGAUGCAGUGUGCUACCCUAAUAAGGAGGCCAAACGCGGACGUAAGGUUCUACUCAAUCAACGUGUUUUACGUCGGAUAGAGCAGUGCAAAGCGCUGGAAGAGAGUAUAGCAUCUGCAAGAUGUAAAAGUGCCAGAAGAGACGUAAGUGACGUUAUGUACAGGCGAAACGGGUCGCAGGUUAGACGUCCGAAAACGGCACCCGCUUUGAAACCGAAGUCGGAUAGUGAUGUCUCAAAUGAUGAACAACCGUCUUCACAGGACGCUAAGGACGUUAACGCUAAUGUUUCAACGCGAAGACCUUCAACGUCAGUGAGUUCAUAUCGACGUGAGGGACUCAUUACAUCAAUUCAACGACGUCCAUCUACGUCGUUAUCAUGAAAAAGCUAAAUUGAGAUUGGGUUUAAAUAUAAAGGUCUAAUUUCUAAUGAAAAAUGGAGCUGUUUUUGUACUGGAAAUGUAUAUUUGUGAGUAUGUAACUUUGUGAGUGCUUAAUUAUAUUCUUAAAUAAAAUCAUACAAUCAUUGU